UUUCUAGGUGCAGGCGUUGGUGGUCUGGCUACUGCAGCACGACUUGCUCGAGCGGGACUAGACGUCACUGUUGUAGAAAGAAAUGACUUUAGUGGUGGUAGAUGUAGUUUGAUCGAAAAGGAUGGGUUCCGAUUCGAUCGUGGUCCUAGUUUUUACUUGAUGCCAGAAGUCUUUGAAGACCUUUUCGAUGAUUUGAACGAAAAGGUUGAAGAUUGGUAUGAAUUGAAGAAAUGCGAACCUAAUUAUAUUGUACACUACGAUGAUAAGGAGAAGCUUACAUUGACAACCGAUAUGCCCAAGAUGAAAGCUGAGAUCGAGCGCUUCGAAGGUAAAGAUGGUUGGGCUAGAUUCUUGAAUUUCUUAGCUGAAGGUCAACUCCACUACGAAGCUUCGAUAAAACAUGUCCUUCUCAAGAAUUUUCCAUCCCUCAUUUCCGUCUUGAAGCUUGACUUGGCAAUAACUGCUAUGAAAAUCCACGUCUUUGAUAAUCUUCAUCGAAGAGCAAGUAAUUAUUUUUGGACUGAAAGAUUGAGAAGAGCUUUUACAUUUUCCAGCAUGUAUCUGGGAAUGUCACCUUACAAUGCACCUGCAACUUACAAUCUACUUCAAUAUACCGAACUUGCUCAAGGUAUCUGGUACCCCGAAGGUGGCUUUCACGCUUUGCCCCGUUCCCUAGAAUCAAUCGCAAAGAAAAAUGGAGCGAAAUUCAUAUAUUCAAGUCCAGUAAAACAAAUCCUUACCAACGAAGAUAAAUCAUCUAAAGCUACUGGUAUAGAACUCGAAUCAGGAGAAGUCUUAAGUGCAGAUGCAGUGAUCUCAAACGCAGAUUUAGUUUGGACCUAUGAAAACCUUUUACCAGCCACUUCAUUUAGCAAAAGUUUAAGUAAGAAUUCAAAAUUAACAUGUAGUUCAAUAUCGUUUUAUUGGGCAAUCAAGCGAAAGAUGCCUUCAUUAGUUACACAUCAAGUUUUUUUGGCAAAAGAUUAUAGAGCAAGUUUUGAUACGAUCUUCGAUUCACAUUUAAUGCCAGAUCAACCAAGUUUUUAUGUAAAUGUACCAAGUAGAAUCGAUCCAACUGCUGCACCACCUGAAAAAGACGCCAUGAUCAUACUCGUACCUAUAGGUCAUUUAGAUGAAUCGAAUUCUAAAUUAGAUUGGAAUCAAGUUAUUUCAAGUGCUCGUCAAUUUGUGAUCAACACACUUGAACAAAACAUCUUACAACCUGGUGAUCUUCUUCCUGGUGAAAGGUUUAGUGAUUUGAUCGAGUUUGAACUACUUAAUACUCCUCAUACUUGGCAAAAGGAUUUAAACCUUUUCAAGGGUAGUAUCCUUGGUCUUUCUCAUAAUAUUCUUCAAGUGGUUAACUUUCGACCUGGAAUUCGCCAUUCUACUAUCGAUGGAAUGUAUUUUGUUGGGGCUUCUACUCAUCCUGGUACUGGUGUUCCAGUAGUUGCUUGUGGAUCCAAGUUAACUUCAGAAGCUGUUCUCAAAGACCUCGGUAUCAACAUUCCAUGGAGUAACGUACCCAAAAGUGAUCGUCCACCUCAAAGUGACCCGGUCAAGAAAUUUCAAUCUUCAUUUUCUGAUAGAGCCAGAGAUUUAAAUAAGUUAUCUAAACCAGGAUUUUUAGAGUUUGAAGGUAUUAUGAUCCAACAUGGUCUUUUGAUUAUCUUCUUGUCUGCUAUUGCUUAUGUAUUCUAUGGUCAGCAAAUCCUUUCAUCCUUUUCCUCUUGA